AUGGUGUCUCUCUACCGAGGCCUGCUGCUGGUACUGAUGGCGCUUCUCCCAUCCGCCCAUGGAGCAGCAGCCAUGGCUAGAAGCAAAAUCUCCGCCGCUUUCAUGUUCGGCGAUUCGAUCGUCGAUCCCGGCAACAACAACGACCGGCUGACGGAGGCGAAGGCCAACUUCCCGCCGUACGGGCAGGACUUCCCCGGCGGGGUGGCCACCGGGAGGUUCUCCAACGGGAAGGUUCCAGGCGACAUGCUAGUUUCUAGGCUGGGAAUUAAGGAACUAUUACCACCCUACCUCGGAAAUGAUCUUCCACUAAGUGAGCUACUCACUGGUGUCGUCUUUGCUUCUGGUGGCAGUGGAUACGAUCCUCUAACUUCGAUACCCUCGGCUGCUACAUCAAGUACUGGGCAACUUGAACUAUUCCUUGAAUUUAAGGAGCGACUAAGAGCCUUAGUCGGAGAAGAGGAGAUGACACGUGUAAUCUCCGAAGGCAUAUACUUCACUGUCAUGGGGGCAAAUGACCUUGCAAAUAACUAUUUUACAAUUCCUUUGAGGCGCCAUCAAUAUGACCUUCCUUCUUAUGUGAAAUUUCUUGUCUCUUCUGCUGUCAACUUUACCAUGAAAUUAAAUGAAAUGGGUGCAAAGAAGAUUGCAUUAAUUGGCAUUGCACCAAUUGGAUGUUGUCCCUCGCAAAGAGAACUUGGAUCAAGAGAAUGUGAGCCCAUGAGGAAUCAAGCAGCAAAUCUGUUUAAUUCUGAAAUAGAAAAGGAAAUACAACGGCUAGAUGCAGAACAAAAUGUUCAAGGCUCGAAGUUUAUUUAUCUUGAUAUAUACUACAAUUUGCUUGAUCUCAUUCAACGAUCUGAUUUUUAUGGUUUCAAGGAGGUAAACGAAGGAUGUUGUGGUAGCACAAUGCUAAAUGCAGCAAUAUUCAUUAAAAAUCACCCUGCGUGCCCGAAUGCUUAUGAUUUCAUUUUCUGGGACAGCUUCCAUCCUACCGAAAAGGCCUACAACAUUGUGGUUGAUAAACUGUUUCAGCAAAAGAUGCAAUACCUGAUGUGA